ACUCUUGUCUUUAUAUUUUGGUUCUUGCCUUGAGCUUUGUUCCUUUCGAUUUAAGCAGAGUUCUUCUUUUCCAGAGUUAAGUCAAAAUUUCGAGGAGAAUGAGUCAGUCAAGCUAUGAUGUACCGGCAAAGGGUGGGUUCAGUUUCGAUCUGUGCAAGCGAAACGAUAUGCUAAUCCAAAAGGGUCUUAAAUCUCCCUCCUUUUUGAAGACCGGUACUACCAUCGUCGGUCUCAUCUUCAAGGAUGGUGUGAUACUAGGCGCGGAUACAAGAGCCACUGAAGGGCCUAUCGUUGCUGAUAAGAACUGUGAGAAGAUUCACUACAUGGCACCUAACAUUUAUUGCUGUGGUGCUGGAACAGCUGCUGAUACGGAAGCUGUUACUGAUAUGGUCAGCUCACAGCUGAGGCUGCAUCGUUACCAGACAGGCCGUGACUCUCGGGUCAUCACUGCCUUGACUCUACUCAAGAAACAUCUUUUCAGCUAUCAAGGUCAUGUCUCUGCUGCUCUUGUCCUUGGUGGAGUCGACAUCACUGGGCCACAUCUGCAUACUAUAUACCCACACGGUUCAACAGACACUCUACCAUUUGCAACAAUGGGUUCUGGUUCUCUUGCUGCCAUGUCUGUCUUUGAGGCAAAAUAUAAAGAAGGUCUAACUAGGGAUGAAGGAAUCAAGCUGGUGGCUGAAGCCAUAUGCUCGGGAAUAUUCAACGACCUGGGUAGUGGUAGCAACGUCGACAUCUGUGUGAUCACAAAGGGGAACAAGGAAUAUCUCAGGAAUUACAUGGAACCAAACCCAAGAACCUAUGUCAGCAGCAACGGCUAUUCAUUCACCAAGAAAACUGAGGUUCUCCGCACGAAAAUCACACCAUUGAUGGAGCGAGUUGAGAUUACAGAAGUGACUGGUGAAGCUAUGGAAGAAUGA